AUGCCGGGCACUGUGGCAACACUUCGGUUCCAGCUGCUGCCCCCAGAGCCAGAUGAUGCCUUCUGGGGAGCACCCUGUGAACAGCCCCUGGAGCGCAGGUACGAGGCACUGCCGGCCCUCGUUUGCAUCAUGUGCUGUCUGUUUGGAGUCGUCUACUGCUUCUUCGGUUACCGUUGCUUCAAGGCAGUACUCUUUCUCACCGGGUUGCUGUUUGGCUCGGUGGUCAUCUUCCUGCUGUGCUACCGAGAGCGGGUGCUGGAGACGCAGCUGAGUGCCGGGGCAAGCGCAGGCAUUGCGCUAGGCAUUGGGCUGCUCUGCGGGCUGGUGGCCAUGCUGGUGCGCAGCGUGGGCCUCUUCCUGGUGGGCCUGCUGCUUGGCCUUCUGCUUGCCGCUGCUGCCCUGCUGGGCUCUGCACCCUACUACCAGCCGGGCUCUGUCUGGGGCCCCCUGGGGCUGCUGCUGGGGGGUGGCCUGCUCUGCGCCCUGCUCACUCUGCGCUGGCCCCGCCCGCUCACCACCCUGGCCACCGCGGUGACCGGUGCCGCACUCAUCGCCACGGCUGCUGACUACUUUGCCGAGCUGCUGCUGCUGGCGCGCUACGCGGUGGAGCGUCUGCGGGCCGCCCCCGUACCCCCGCUCUGCUGGCGGAGCUGGGCCUUGCUGGCACUGUGGCCCCUGCUCAGCCUCAUGGGCGUUCUGGUGCAGUGGCGGGUGACAGCCGAGCGGGAUUCCCACACGGAAGUGGUCAUCAGCCGGCAGCGCCGACGUGUGCAGCUGAUGCGGAUUCGGCAGCAAGAAGAACGCAAGGAGAAGCGGCGCAAAAAGAGACCCCCAAGGGCUCUCCCCAGAGGCUCUCGGGCUCCUCCGAGGCCUGGGCCCCCUGACCCUGCUUAUCGGCGUAGGCCAGUGCCCAUCAAGCGCUUCAAUGGAGACAUCCUCUCCCCGAGUUACAUCCAGAGCUUCCGGGAUCGGCAGACCGGGAGCUCUCUGAGCUCCUUCAUGGCCUCGCCCACAGAUGCGGACUAUGAGUACGGGUCCCGGGGCCCGCUGACGGCCUGCUCUGGGCCUCCCGUGCGGGUAUAG